GAAAGAAAAAAGAACAACUUGGGAAGGUGAUAAGUUUAGCUAAAGAGAGAGAUAAAAGGAUUCCAGAAAGCCUAAAUUUAGAAUAUUCAUCUAUAUACUUCGAUCAUGAUUAUCUAGAUUUGAAGCAAAGAGCUUUGAAAGUAUAUAUAAACACUUUUUACAGAGAAGCAGGAAACUCAAAAUCUCUAAUUUUUCUUCACGAAUUAGCUGAAAGAACUACUUUAGCGAAGAAAUUCAACCUUAAUCUUGUCGCAGAAUUCAUGACAAAAAAAGUAUUUAGAAUAAAAUAUGGAGAUACUGAUUCUUUAUAUCUCACUUGCCUAGAUAAGUAUUAUGAAAAAUGCGAUGAAGCCUUCUCUAAAAAGAGCUUUCUAAAAAAGCAUAUUGGACUGAAAUAG